AUGUCUACUCUGGCUGGUAUCCCUUACGAGUUCACAUUUCCAUCGUGUGAACUUCCAGUCACUCCGCCAAGCUUUACGUUUGACCCGUCUCUCCUUGAGAUCAACUUCAACCCUCACCAUGCGCGCUCCGUCUCCCAUAGCUCAUCCGCCUACUCCUUUGAGUCUCCCUCAGAAUCCGUGAGCCAGACAAGCACACGAAGGACGACACCGGUCCGGAGCCGGUCACCCAUUCGUACCCAUGGACCUCUUCUCCUCCCCAAGAUCCGCAGCCAGGACCAGGCCAUCGAUCCAUCCGCCGUUGCUGCUCCGGCUCCCAAGCGUGCGAGAACAAUGCCGGGCCCAAAUAUCCAAAGGGCCAGGGCCAACACCGACAGCUUCCGACCUGUACACCAGCGUAGCUACACCAACCCAGAGGCCAUCUCCUUCGCGGCUCCUCUCCCCUUCACCGAGGACAACAGCAGCAUCGUCUUCGCCCCAGUCAACUAUGUUGCCGAGCCUUCAUCAGUACCUCACUCUCGCCGGGCUUCCUCCUGCAGCCUGGACAACGUCACCAUCGAGAGAUAUGGCUAUCCCACCUACCGCCAGAUGCCGACCUACGUGCCAUCCCAGUCUCGGACCAGCCUCAGCCCGUCGCCCACGCCGCAGCCCCAGGCCCAGUUCCCUCAGCCAGAGUCGUUCAUGUACCAGUCCUAUGCGCCGCGCGCACCUUCGCCUCUCGCCCCCGCCGCUCCCAUCACCCCUGACAUGACGCCCUCGACGACCCUCCUAUCCUACCUCACCUCGUCGAACCCGGCCCCCUCGCUCGUCCGCACCAUCUCCUUCCCGCUCCGGGAUCCCCACACCAAGCACUUCUGGUGGGACGUCCGACAAAUCCGCCCCUGGACCUCCUUCACCGCGGCCUCCAUCCUCUCCAUCCCCGGCGCCUCCGCCUGCCUCUCGGUGCCCAUCAGCCAAGCUCUCCUCCCUUCGGCCGCCUCAAGUCAUCGCCACCCCGAGACCGAGUUCGCUCUCCACUCCAUCUACUCAGCGCACUACCUCCCCAAGCUCAACGCCGCCCUGGCCCUCUGCUCGCAGCGCCCCCUCCAGCUCUCCGUGCCCUCCAAGAGCCCCAUGGCCGCCGUCAACCCCGCCGCCGCCGCCGCCUCCUCCGCAGCGACAGAAAACAUGUUCAUCGCCAACGUAGCCGGCGAGUCCGCCACCAACAGCGUGGCCGCCAUCUUCGGCGGCAAGCCGACGGCGCGCGUCGUCGGGCUCGUCAAGUCCUUCGACCGCUUCAACACGGGCAUGCGCGUCGAGGGCAACAUCAAGCGGGUCGAGUACCUGCGCGGGCUCGCGCACCUGCACCACGUCAUGCGCGAGCACGGGUGUCGGUAUGGGUUCAUCUUGACAGAAAUCGAGCUGGUGUUUGUCCGCAACGGGACGGACACCACGCCCCAUUUCGGCUACCUCGAGGUCGGAAGCGUGCAGCUUGCUGCUACGAGCGAUAAUGCGGCGGUUCACACUCCCACUGAUGUGAACGAGGUGCCUAUGACGGCUUGCCUCGCGCUGUGGGGGCUGUGCAUGCUGGCUGGUGAUGAACCUGUUCCGGGACAGGUACAUUGGAAGAGCGAGAUCGGUGCGCCCGCUGAGGGGACGAGACGCAAGGCGUUGGGUAGGGAUGAGUGGAUGCCGCAGCCGCAGUUGGCGGAGAAGAGAGAGGCGAAGAGGAGUCGUGGGUGGAUUUGGCCCGAGGAUGCGGUGGGCAGGAAGGAGUUGGGAAAGAGAGGUGUGAGGUAUGGUGCUUGCUAA